CUUUUCCUAUCUUAAGUUACUUGUACUCAAGGGCGGUUUUCUUACGGCGCUACUCUUGACCUUAGUCCGUCUCGAGGGAUUAAUGAUUUGUCAAAACAUCUAAUUCAGGAUACAUGCGUGAAUUUCUAUAAACGAACACUGUUGUAUAAUCACUAAAAGUGAUAGAAUUAGUCCUAUAUAAAUAUAAAUUAUGAGUCUCUUUACAAGUCCACCUCCAGUUGUAAAGCGACUUAUAAGUUACAUCAAAGAAGGUUCAGACAAAGAAGAAAAGUGGAAGGAAAAGGCUGUUAAGUCAUUAGUCAAGAGGUUGAAAAACGGGACACAAUUGGACGAGUUGGAACGUGCUUUGGUUAGUCAAGAUCCAUCUACACGCUGUGUUACAAUACCUCGUUCAUUGGAUGGGCGUCUACAGGUUGCCCAGAAAAAAGGUUUACCACACGUUUUUUACUGCCAACUUUGGCGAUGGCCAGACCUGCAUACUCAGCACGAGUUAAGGCCUAUCGCUACUUGUGAAUAUUCUUUCCAAUCAAAACGCGAUGAGGUUUGUAUCAACCCUUAUCACUAUCGAAGGAUUGAAAAUCCAGUUCUCCCACCAAUUAUGGUUCCUCGUACAGUUAACAAUGGGACUUCCGGAGUCAAUAACGACAACACACAUCGUGGUGUUACAGAAUCAUCUACUGAACGUUAUGGAAGAGGUUCAUCUUUUGGUUCACAUCAUUCUCGAUACUCCUCUAUGCAUAAUCAGUAUCAACAAGGUCUUCAACAACAACAUCAUCUAAAUGCUUUACAGAGUCAUCAUCCUUCCUCUGCUGGACUAAAUGAUUCUAUGAUAAUGGGAGAUGAUUGUGGUUCAGAACCAAAUAGUUUAGCUGCCCUCCUAGCUCCUCCAUCUAAACAACCCAGACAACAUCUUGCUACAGAUGCUGUAACAGCUGCUGCUCUAGCCAGAGGUGAUGCACUUGACGCGUAUGCUGUAGCAAGUCGAGCAAUAGCUGGUUUAGAAAAUGUCGGAAAUGUACUCGGUGGGACGCAUCCACCAUGUGUGAGCCUUCGUGAGGCUGCUGAAAAUAUGACUCUGGGUGGACCCCCCAAUUUAGUUGGAACGCCCCCAGCUCCUCCUCAUACAGGCUAUCAAUCGUCUCUUAUGAAUGUAGUGUCCAGUCUUAGCGGUGAUGGUCGUGAUUUCGCUCGCAGUUUAGGUGUAGCAAAUCACAUUCACAAUGCUACAACGAGGUCACUUAGUAUGGGUGAUUAUCCAAUUCCUGUGUCUGCUUGCCAAGAAGAUCGUUCUAACGAUUCUCAGUGCCUAGGUCCAAAUGCUGAUAAUUUGAGUUCAAGUUUUAUGGGUCAAUCAUCAUCAGUUUCUUCAUCUACAACUCAGAAAGCUCCUAGUAUUGCUGGUGCCGGCCCGUCAAUAAACUCUCCUGGUACAUUGUCAUCAGUUGAAGAAAAUUGUAUCAGUGAAGAUGACAAUAUGGAUCUAGAUAUGUUAAGUGAUGUUCUUAUUGAUGGAAAUGAAAUGACUUCAGUAGCUUAUCAAGAACCUGAAUAUUGGUGUUCAUUAUAUUAUUAUGAAAUGAAUACUCGUGUUGGAGAUACAUUUCAUUGUUCUAGUCCAUGUUUAACUGUUGACGGUUUCACCGAUCCAAAUAGACAUAAUCGUUUCUGUUUAGGUCUAUUAUCCAAUGUGAAUAGAGGACAUCAGAUUGAGCUAACUAGAAGGCAUAUUGGUAAAGGUGUUAAACUUUAUUAUAUUGGCGGUGAAGUGUUUGCAGAAUGUUUAAGUGACAGUGCUAUAUUUGUACAAUCUCCUAAUUGCAAUUAUAUGUAUAAAUGGCAUCCAGCAACUGUAUGUAAAAUUCCACCUGGAUGUAAUUUAAAAAUAUUCAAUAAUCAAGAAUUUGCUAAUCUUCUUACAGAGAAUGUAACUAAAGGUUUUGAAGCUGUUUAUUCACUAACAAAUAUGUGUACUAUACGAAUGAGUUUUGUCAAAGGAUGGGGUGCUGAUUAUCGCCGACAAACUGUAACUAGCACUCCAUGUUGGAUUGAAAUUCAUUUAAAUGGACCUCUGCAAUGGCUUGAUCGUGUCCUUAGUCAAAUGGGCUCCCCAGAUCAUCCUUGCACAUCUGUCAGUUGAACCGAUGAAGCUAUCCCUUAUUUAUUGAUUAUUGUUAUGAUAACUGUUAAUGUUCAGGAUAAAUUAUCUCUUGUCAAUAGUAUCUUUUCCGACGUCUUUCGAAUACCUCCUAAAUAAAAAUAAAAACAAUUAUUGAAUACUUAUUAAUAUUAUUGUUAUUCCUUUCACUGGAUUUCAGGCUCCCGACGACACUUCUAACUUUAAUCCAAGUUCAAUUUGUCCUCAAUUACAGUUGUGUGUUGUCACUUGAUUAUUAUGUCACUAUUAUUUUAAAUGUUUUAAUCCUUCUGAAUGCAAGUCUAUAAUGUUAGAUUAAUGCCAAAUAUUCAUUGAUGACAAUUUGACAUUGAUUAUGUAUUUCUUUACCUCCUUCAACUUACCCUCCCGAUUGUCAACCAUUUUCCUUUAUUCCGUUUUUAAUUUGAAAACGUAAAUAAGAAAUUAUUCGCCACACUGUCUUACGCAUUAUUAUUAUUAAUGUUUUUCAUUUCUGUGUAGUUAAUCAUUCCAUGUUGUUUGUAGACUCUCUUUAUAUUAACAUAUUACCCUGCUUAUUUAUUACUGCCUUAAUUCCUCUUUGGUUUUUUGUAACACCAGGUACUUUAUUUACUUCAUUUUAUGUCAGUAAUGAUGUUCAGACAAAUAGUUCUUUCCCUUAUUGUCAUUGUCAUUUUAUUUGUAUCAUACUUCCUCAGUUGAGAAUAAUGUCUUGCACAAUAGUCUCGUUUUUAAGAAUAACACAAUUGUAUCCGUUUAUCCUAUGUCCAUUAUCGACAACACCAUCUUCAUCGUUAUAUUUGUUAGCAGGUGUACAUGUUUAAAUGGUUGAUUGAAAAUUGUCUCUUUUACGGGAAUUCUUUUGUUUUGUUUCCUCAUUAGUGAGCGCCGUAAUUUUCCACUGGGUUUUUUGUAUGCCACUGAAUAUCGUUACUAUUAUUAUUAUUAUCAUUGUUGUUACUAUUAAUGUAUGCUUAUUUUAUCUUUAACAACUACCCGGUUAGUGGUGGUCUGUUUCACAUGGGUUUCUGUAUGAUAUAUAUAUAUAUAUAUAUAUAUAUAUAUAUAUAUAUAUAUAUAUAUAUAUAUAUAUAUAUGAUUUAUAACCCAAUCAUUAAUUAUUAUAAAGUUUUCCUGUUGAGAUUCAGCAUUUUUAGUUGGGAAUCAACUACCAUGACGAUUCUGUUAAUUUUUGUUGGGUUUUAUCCAUUUUUGAGAGAGAUGUUGUCGGUCAUUGUUCACUGUACUUUUUAAAGAAUCUUUACGUGUUCUGGUCAUCUUUCUUUUUCAUCAUUACUGAACUUUCGCCUUUUUUAAAUUUAUGUCUAAUGCGUAGUGAACUGUCAGCGAUUUGUUUGCUUGUUUUCAUAUCCCUUUUUAAUCAGUAGGGGCGGCAGUUGAUGAUAAUAAUAAUGAAUAUUAUCCAGUGUUUGUAAUUAAUUUAGCCCGAUGUUUUGUUAAAUAUUUUUUGUUCUAUUACUUGAAAACUCCUAUACAUACGUACGACAAGUCAUUUUGGCUCAUAUAUAAAUAUAUUAACCUAGUUUCAGUUCCUUUUCAACCUGAUAAUAAAUAUAACGUUGAUAAAGAAAUUUAAAAUUGUUUAUUAGGUUGUACUAUACUUUAUUUCUAAGAGAUAUCGAGUAACUUUUGUGUCAGUGUUUUACUCUAUUCUCUGUGUGUGUCAAUGUAUGGUUACCUUUGAUGUUAUAUUUCAUGGCUAAUGGUUUUAUUCAUGCAAAUGUUCGUGGUCGAAACUAACUUGUUACUUAGAUAGACAUCAGUUAUUCUCUGAUUCAGCAUACUUGUAUCAUUUGAUUUUCACUAUACAGUAAUUUUAUGAAAUUUUCAUUUUAAACUCCAAAAUUACUUUCCAUACCAUUUGUGUUAGUUGUCUAUUAGUCGACAAUCGACCAAGUUUAAUUUUGUCUAAAUAAUGAUAUAUAUUCAAUCGGAACAACAAUUGAAACUACGAUAACAGUUAUGACACCGGGGUACAGUCUUGGAGUCCAAAUUAAAGUAACUAAUAGUAAUUUUUUUCUUAUUGUAACUAUGCUCCGAAUUCAAUCACGUUUCAGUGUUUCACAAAUCGAAUUACUUAUUAUCUUUCAUUAUAUUCAUUACAAGUAAAACUGUUCAAAUAA